CCCUCUACGGCAAAAUGAGAAUCACUCGUCUCUCAGAUGGCAGGGUUAGGAGGAGUGUCGCGAAGGUUUCUUAGGAACAUCUCUCCUUCAAAUUCUACAUAUCCAGCUUCCCGGCUCUUCUUCUACAGGACCUUCGCUUCGAAGCUUUUCGUCAAAGGUGUAUCUUUCUUGACCACAGAAGAAAGAUUAGCUGGAGCAUUUUCACAAUUUGGCCAUGUUCUUGAAGGUUAUGGGUUUGUGACCUUUGCUACAGAGAUUGAAGCCGACAAGGCCGUGGAGGCCAUGAAUGGGAAGGUACUAGAUGGGCGUGCCCUUGUGGUACGUAGAUGAGGUGCGGUCAGGCUUCCCCGAGCCAGCAGCUGAUUGCCUGAUAUGUAACUUUCUGAUCCUCUCAUACCUCCCUUUAAUUGAUCUAGGGAUUGCCUUUGAUAUUGGGGAUGAAUCGUCUUUUGGCGUAAGAUACAAAUCUUGGUGUUGAUUGGGUUGCUUGGAUUUUGCUUGAUGUGAGUCAGAUAUAAUCCUAACUCGUUUAAUUUCAGUGUCUUAAAUGUUACUCAUGUUAACAAACACUUGUUUCGACGGUGGCAGAAAUAGCAUUCGAUUUCAAAAUGUUUCUGGACUAUCGUAAUAUGAAAAUAUUCUUAGCCGUGUGAAAAAAUAAAAGGCUGAUAAGAAAGGUGUA